AGCAUGGCGGCUUCGAGCCCUGCCGCUGCUUCCCCUCCCGCCGCGCCACCGCUCCCCAUGCCGGCCGCGCCUGCAGGGGCAGGGGCAGGGGCAGGGGCAGGGGCAGGGGCCCCAGUGGCUCGCGGUAAAAAACGCCCUUCCAGCCCUGGGAACGGUAGCACCGGGAAGAAGAAGCGGGUGGCGACGCCGGGUGGCGGAGGCGGAGGCGGAGGGAGUUUCUUUCAGAGUACCAGUGCAGAGGCAGCAAAUGAAAAUAAAUCCGUGACUACAGAUUCCAGUACGGGGGCAGUAGAAACUACAAUCAAACCAUUGCCUUUCAAGGCUCCAAGCUUCAUUCACUCUGGCAUUGGUGGAGCUGCAGCUGGCAAGAAGAACAGAACCUGGAAAAACCUGAAACAAAUCCUUGCAUCAGAAAGGGCAUUGCCGUGGCAACUAAAUGAUCCAAGCUACUUCAGUAUUGAUGCUCCUCCUUCUUUUAAACCAGCCAAGAAAUACUCUGAUAUUUCUGGACUUCCUGCAAACUAUACCGAUCCACAAAGCAAACUGAGAUUUAGUACCAUUGAGGAAUUUGCCUACAUUCGGAUGCUGCCAUCGGAUGUUGUUAUGGGUUAUCUCACUCUCAGGAAAGCAGCAACUGUUGUUCCCUAAGAAGCGGAAGCAAAGCCAAAGCCUUUUCUGAAAAGUGGGUCACAGGAAUAAUGGCACAAGAUGUGUGUGUAUGUAUUAGAUCAAAGUUGUUAGAAUUAAUAUACAGAUUCUAAUUACUGAUUUAAUCUUGACAUUUGUAUUUAUUUGCUUCCAUGAAGCUUACUGUAUUGAUUGAACAAUAUACUCUGUUCAUUUAAUAUCACUGCAUUAGAACCAGACUUAGUUAGGACCUAUUGAGCUCUGCUUAAUUGGCAUUAAAAUCUCUGACAGCAAAGUUAUUUUCCCCUAGGGCAUAUUACAUGGUUUACUGAAAACACAAUUUUGAACUCUGAAGACCACAGUUUUUGUCCUGUACUGUUUUUGUCCCCUGGUUUGAAUCCAGACUUAGGUCAUGCUUAGGGUAGAUCGAUUGCAAUCAAUGGGACUUAAAAUUUAGUCAUGACUAAUUUUAAGUCCCACUGAUUUCAGUGGGUCUACUCUAAACAGGACUUAAGUCUAGAUCCAGUCCAGUAGCUUGGAUCUUUGUAUAAUCUCUACUCUCAUGGGGAAAAGGAAUGGGUUCAUUUUUCUUCUCUUGAAUUAGAAAGCAAAAAGAAUCUGUUGGAGUGUUAUGGAAGGGCUGGAAAGCAGAUAUUGGUCCAGAAGAAAGGCUUUGACAAGUAGCCAUUCUUGGCAGUCUGUCUUGCUGUAAAGAGGCUACCUGUUACCCAGGAACAAGAAGAUAGUGGUGCAUUUAGCACAUCUCUCCUCUUCCCUGUUUUCCCUGCCCACCAUCCCACCCCCUUUUAACCCUCCCUGAUCCUCUUCCAACAGCGACCCCGGAAGAGGAGACACCAAGGAACCAAACAAGUUUGAUAGCACACUGAAAUGUCAAUAAAAAUAGCCUCCCAGGGUUGGCAUUGUACAACUUGACAAGGCGCAGCAGCCUUUAGAUACCCUGAAACACUCCUCCAUUUAAGACUGUUCUGUCAAAUCAAAAGAGAAACAAAGACUAGUUUUGUCUUCCCACAAAAAUAUAAAGUACUGUAUUAAGUUCUUAGUUCAGUCAAGUACACAUGAACCGUAAUAACUUGUAAUCAUGGGGAACUGCAAAGUAUUGUCGCUAUAAAAGGUUUGAUCUUGGCAAUAAAAAGAUGGAAACAUUUGACAUCAUUAAAGAAAGAGAAAACAGACUUUCUUCAAAGAAGCUUAAAUUAUAGGUUUAAAUAGGAAACUGAUAUUGGUGCAUUUAUUCCCUUUGAAGAAUGAUCAUGGAUGUGACAUAACACGUUCUGAAAUCUAAUGAACAUGAAAGAAAAUAUUUAUAAAAUUCUGCUUUGUUGAUACUUGACUCUUCUAAGACAGAUACAUAAUUUACAAUAUGAGAACUGCUGCCAUUGCCAUUCACAAUAUGAUGAUAUUCUCCAUGUAUUUUGGAAUGUGUGUAAUGGGAAUGUUUACAAUUUGUUUCUUUUCGCCACCCCUCCCCGUAUCAUUUUUUUCUUUAUCGUCUUGCCUUUUAGAUGUCUGAGGGGAGGGCCGGUGUCAUUUUUUAAUCUUUGUACAGCACCGAGAAAAAAAUCGGUGCUUUAUCAAUGAUAAUAGUUUUGGAUGUACCCCUCCCCCCCAGUCUUAACAUUUUUGAAGCACGUUAUGGAAGUACUUUAAAAAUGACAGGAUAUAAUAUCCUGUAAGAUCCUAAAUAGUACUUUUAAGGUUUAAAAAUACAAUUGUAGUUUAUCGUGAACUAAUGAGUUGUUUGACUGCAGCAAAAAUGUAUAUUGUAUUUGUAUAAAUUAGAAUAAAUGAGCAUGGACAGUCUAAUUACCCACAUGUUUAGUUUUUAAUCGGUUUUUAAUGCUUUAUGUGUGUGUGUUCUGGGUUUUAGAGUUAUAAAUUUUGUAUACUUGUUUUUACCUCAAUUUUAGAAUUUCUGUAAACCGCCCAGAGAGC